UUCCGGUGUGUUUACUUCCACUGACAAUACCAUUACUUCCUUAUCACCCGCGUCUUUGGCUCCAAGGCUUCCUGGCGUCACCAGUCGUCUUCUGCCGCCGUGUCUUAGCUGACGUAGCUACGUCAGGGUCACAGGAUAAGAGAGUGGAAGUCAACAAGGCAGCCAGCCAGGGAGAGGCAGAAAGAGAGACAGAGAGACAGAGAGAAAGAGAGACAGGCAGACAGACAGGCCAGCAAGCAUCACAGCGCGGGAAGCCUCAACAGCGCCGUCCCACAAACUCCGCUGCUGUUAAGUAACAAGUACAGCACCAUGAACCCAGACGAGGUGGAGACGAGGGCUCUGCUGUGGAGCAUCACCUGCGGCAUCGUGCUGGUCCUGGCUGUCAUGGUGGCCAUCACCUGCCUCCUCCUGCGGCACAACGCGCGACACCAACAGUCUGGUCGUGCUGGAGGAGGAGGGGUUAAGGGCACCAGCCGACGGGAUGCGACCAGACAACGACCCAAGACGAUUGACGAAGGUUAUAUCGAGCCACGCGCCGUCAACCUUACCUCGGGACGACCCCAACCCAUCGGGAACCCCAAGAUGGCCGACCACCAUCCCCAAGAGCAGUUUGCGCGAAGGUUUUCUCCCCCUGAAGACUUCCCGAGUGCCAAAGUUGGGCGCCGCGUCAAUAUUUAUGGCUUGGAACACUCAAAAAGCUCCUCUCUGGAGGGCCACAUAUACGACGAGCCCGAACACAAGACCAGUGACAGUCCCUCAGAGAACAAGUAUUACAACGCUAGUGAAACAUCCUCAGGUUCUGGGGAAUACGAGAGAGUAAGCUACUACGCUAACUCUUAGGCCAGCAGCCUCCUGCUACCCACUGAUGCGUCUUGGUUUUAAUUCACUCACCCAGCAUGAAUACCAGUGCCUUUACUCACAUUACCACCGCCAGUAAAGCUAUAACUCACAAAGUUAACCCAACCAUUUCAACUGGUCGGUAGAGCAAUGCCCUCGCUUCUUGCAGGGUCGGCGUUCGAUUCCCGAUUGUCCAAGGUGGGUAGGCUCUGUUCCCACAUCCCGUCUUCAUAUUCCAGCUCAUUGUUCUCAUAUCCCAGCUCCUUGUCCUCAUAUCCCAGCUCCUUGUCCUCAUAUCCCAGCUCCUUGCCCUCAUAUC